GGCGAAACGUGUUCGAAAAUUAGAACAUUGAUCAUUGUUUCUCCGCCGCAUUCUGCUUUCUUCACUUCUCUGAGAUGUUGGCAGCUAAAACCCUUACAAAUUUUCCAUCUUCAUUCCCUCUGAUCUGCAAAAACCCUAACAGCAAAACUUCUCGUCCAAACAGUCCCAAUCUCUCAUUCCAUUCCCUUCCCAAAUUCUCCGUCUCAGCCGUUGCCAACUCCGUCCAAAUCCCCACUCUUCCCGAUUCACUCGCCUCCGAUCAGCUUCGCGUUGAUGUUCUCUCCGAGUCCCUCCCCUUCAUCCAAAAGUUUCGAGGAAAAACUAUUGUCGUCAAGUAUGGAGGAGCCGCCAUGAAGUCGCCGGAACUCCAAGGAUCCGUCAUCAACGACCUCGUUCUUCUCUCCUAUGUCGGUCUUCGCCCCGUACUGGUCCACGGCGGUGGACCGGAGAUAAACCAGUGGCUCAGCCGUCUCAACAUUAAGGCAGUUUUUCGUGAUGGCCUCCGAGUUACGGAUGCUGAGACGAUGGAGAUUGUUUCCAUGGUUUUAGUCGGCAAGGUGAACAAGACCCUCGUGUCACUCAUCAAUAAGGCUGGGGCCACUGCUGUUGGGCUUUCGGGCAUUGAUGGACGGCUUAUGACGGCUCGCCCGAGCCCCAAAGCCGCCGAAUUGGGUUUUGUUGGUGAGGUUGCUCAGGUUGAUCCCUCGAUUCUCCGGCCACUCAUUGAUAACAAUCACAUUCCGGUGGUGACGUCCGUGGCUGCCGAUAAUCUGGGCCAGGCUUAUAACAUCAAUGCCGACACGGCGGCUGGAGAAUUAGCUGCGGCGCUAGGUGCUGAGAAAUUGAUAUUGCUGACGGAUGUUGCGGGGAUACUGGAGGACCGGGACGACCCUAAGAGCUUGGUGAAGGAGAUUGAUAUAUCAGGGGUGAAGAGGAUGAUAGAGGAAGGCAAGGUUGGUGGGGGAAUGAUCCCCAAGGUGAAUUGCUGUGUGCGAUCGCUUGCACAAGGAGUUAGAACCACCAGUAUCAUUGACGGCCGAGUACCUCACUCUUUACUUCUGGAAGUAAUGACCGAUCAGGGUGCCGGAACUAUGAUAACCGGCUAACUCGGAUUUUGGAGCUGUGAAUUAACCACACAAAGCAAGAUGAUUGGUACUUCUUCCUUUCUAUGAAAGUGUUGCUUCCGUCCUUCUGUGUAGCGGUUGUCUGUACUAAAUUAUUUUGAGCUACAUUCAUUUAGUGUGGCUGUUCUAAGCCAUUUGCUUUUAGUGCAAGUUCAUAAACUCUGCGAGUAGUUUCUUGCAAUGAUUAAAGAAAAAAAUUGAAUCUCAUUUUUAUAUGCUACGUUUCGUUUC